UAUACCCAACAGGUACAUUGUUACUCCACCAUAAUGCACUCACUCUUUUCUGGAAACAAUCUCAAGAGAUCAUCGAUAUCAUUACCAUAUUCUGCUAAGAGGAGACGACCUGCUUCAUUAAACCACAAUGUACCUCAACAGCAAGUUGACAUGCUGAUUCAAGGAGAUCAGAUGUUUCAAGACAUGACUCUAAACAUAUCCCGACCCUUUGGUAACAAUGCUGUAGUCCAGGUGACUCUGGGUCGUGUGCUGAGGGCUGUGGUAACUUUCAAAGGAAUAUUGAUUGAAUGGGUUGUUGUGAGAGCAUAUAAUGAACCAUUACUUGAUGAGGAUGGAAAGGUUGACUUGUACACACCAUCCCAAUACAAAGUGUUUCAGAAAGUGACCGACAAUGCAAAUGCUGCGAUGUUGAACUUCUGUUCACCAGGAUUUUCUGACUUGUCUAUCCGCUCCUUCUUUACCUGGCUGCAUAGUUUUGUUUCUCUCUUCACUGAUGUGUGCAAGAGGUGUAGUAAUCAUCUUCAUAACCACAUGCCCCCAACAUGGAGAGAAUUUCGGACAUUAGACCCCGUUCAUGAAGAAUGUAAAGCAUGAGCAGAGCAUUAAUUUUU